CAAAUUAUUGAGGGCCCCCCGGGCGCCCCCUGGCGGCCCCCACUUUGAAAAGCACUGCGCUAGCGUUUUUCAAGAAUUCUCCUGCUCACUCUCAUUGGUCCUUUUCACCAGAAGUGGACAACCAAUCGGAUCGCGUUUCUGAAUUGCGUCGUCCAUAGGACCUAGUUGAACGCAUGUCCUUGAUGACCAGUCCCCCAUACUCCGUAUGUAGUAGUCGCCAGCGUAAAGUGCGUUUGAAAUAUUCGAGAAUAUUUACUUGACCUUUUGCAUCGUCUACAACUCCGAGGGCCGAACAGACACAAAGUGAAUUAGUUUUGACGAGUGUGGAGUAGCUUAUGAAAAUAUUUCGCGAUGAAAGCCGAGGUGGCCACAGCUGUGAACUUUAUUACCACGUUACUGAGAGGAACAGGACUUCUGUCUGAAGAACAACUCCAACACUUCAGCCGUUCUCUGGAAGAGGCUUUAGGAGAGCAUUAUGAGGACCACUGGUUUCCUGAUGCACCGUUUAGAGGUUCGGGAUAUCGCUGUAUCCGGAUCAAUCACAAGAUGGACCCGGUAGUAGGGAAGGCCGCUUACACCAUCGGCCUCAGCAGGAAGCAGCUUUUAUCCCUCUUACCCUGCCAGCUUACGAUGUGGGUCGACCCCUACGAAGUGUCAUAUCGUAUAGGGGAGGACGGGUCCAUUGGUGUACUGUAUGAUUCCACACCGCCGCCGGAAACUCAUCUGAACUCUGUGGACAGCUGCAAAGAGAAACUGACACACUCGAUGACUGUGAUGACUGUUUCCAGCUAAUGUCUAAUUUGUUUUAUACUUUUUUUUUAAUGAUUUUUGGAAAUUGGAUAUAUUUGGACUCAAUACUUGAUUUUAAUGCCUGUACAAUUUUGUACAUUUUUAUACAUUUCAUUUAUAUAGUGUUAGAUAUUAUGCAAAUAAAAUAUACUACAUAUACA